AGACCUGUUCGCGGGAAAGACCAGCAGCUGCAGAAACACGGAAAAAGACCAACGAUCUCACAAACGCCUCAGUGUUAUUAUUAAAAAAAUAUUUCAGAUCGUCUUCCACCGGAGUGCAGGGAUGCUGUUCCGCUCAAUAGUUGACAGAGGAGUGGGCAGACGAAGGCAGAGCGUCCUCCCUGCAGAUCCCUGGUUCAGGUACCCUCUGAGCUCUCUGCUGGAAGGCUACCAGUGUGUCCGACACGAUGAACACAUCUCCUAUGGCAACCUGGGUGACUCCGUGCCACCAUUUGGACUGGCUUUCUCCUCUGCUGGGAACAUGCAGAACGUCCUUGCAGCAGCGAAUGAAGAAGGCAUCGUUAGAAUCUACAAUACAGAGAGUCGCAAAGACCCGCUUCUUAAAGAAUGGCUGGCUCAUGAGAAUGCGGUCUUUGACAUAGCCUGGGUCCCGGGGGAGCCUCAUGUAGUGACUGCUGCUGGUGAUCAGAUGGCCAGGCUGUGGGAUGUGAAGUCAGGGGAUCUGUUAGGCAGCUUCAAGGGUCACCUCUGCAGCCUCAAGUCUGUUGCAUUCACACCGCAGGAGAAAGCUGUGUUCUGUACUGGGGCCAGGGAUGGAAAUAUCAUGGUCUGGGACACCAGGUGCAGCAAAAAAGGUAUAAUUUAGAAAUUUCAAUCACAAAGGUUU